AUGGCGCAUCUUGGCGUGAAGCAGGGCGAACUGGCCUUCUUCGACGCGGACGGCCGUCCAGCUCCUCCAGCGCCCGCCCGGGAUACAGACGAUCGUUUGCAAGUAUUGCGAGGCGGUUUGCGCACGGCGCUGCUACCUCUGGGACUGCGCCUGCUGCAGACUGCCGAUGUCAAGCGCGGCGACGCUUUUGUGUUGGUGCUCGACAACGACCGCACGAGCGUCGCCUGUGUGUCGGCGGCGAUGCACUUGCAGUGCACAUGCGUCUUAAUGAGCGCAAGUCGCGUGGCCUUACUGCGCUACGUGACCGCCGAGACUGGGGUCACCACAGUCGUGACGGUGGACGAUGCGACAGUGUCGGUGAGCGUCGCGCGGGGCCACGCGGCACGAGACGCCGCGAGGGAAUCCGCCGCAACUUUGUGGUACAACUCUCCUGCAGACGUUCUGCAGCGUGGAGGCGUGUGUUUGCUCACGUCAGGGAGUGUGGGCGAACCGAAAGUCGUGUUUUGCACGUGGAAUCACAUGCUGCUGCAAGGCGAGUCGACGCACCAGCAGCUUUUUCCGCAGGGACCAGCGCGUAUCAUCUGCGCCACGUCCAUUUCGCACGCGUUCUCGAUCAACGCAGUCUUCGCGCUACUCACGUCUCCGCACGACGCGCAAUCGGAACUGUGCUUUGCCCCGACGUUUGCGGGGCUCUACUCGUUGCUUGCUCAGCGCAGUGCGCUCUUUACGGUGCUGUACGCGACACCUGGAACAUACACCGCCUUUGCCACAAUGCCACCAACUGCUCUGCAUGCCGACGUUUCGUAUUGCGCAGGAGCGCAUCUGUCAAGGUCAUUGUUCCACAAAAUGAGAGACAAGUAUGGACUAGUGCUGAUGCAGAACUACGGCUCGACAGAAACGGGCGAUAUUGCAGCUUGGCAUCUGCGCGGUAAAAAGGUCGAUGCAGAGGUAAAUGAACUGGAAAGCAGUGCGAUAGAGCGAUACGUUGGCAGCGUGUGGCCUGGUGUGCAGGCCUAUACUAAUGACAACGGCGAGAUCGCAGUAAAGACUCCGUGGCAGUCCGAAGGGUAUGUAAAGGCACGCGUACUACACCGUGUUUCUGGUGUGCUGCUCACGUCCGACCUCGGCAUUGUCGCACAAGAUGACGGUAGAGUUGAGUGUAUAUGGCUACAGGGACGUCGUCGUCCCGAGGUUGAGACCAAAUGGCAAGGACUGCGCACGACCUACUCACCGAAUGAGAUCGAAGCUGUGCUUAUUGCACACCCAAGUGUAUCGGAUGGUCUUGUGCUGAUCCAGAAUGAAGCGAACCGCGAGCAAGGUAUCAUUCGAGCUCGUAUUGUUCUGCAUGACGGUGCUGCAGUUGACGAAGUGGCCAUCAAAGGCUGGUGCGUCCAGCAUAACAUGCCAGCACUAGAGGACGCGCUAGUUGUUGAAGUUGCUAGAUUCUUACCAUGCAGUCCGGCAGGAAAGCUGAUGUAUGCCUAA